AUGAACGGUCCUGAAAGCAAGUGGGAACUGUACGUGAAUACCACCAAAGCCUUGUUUGAGACCUAUCCUUUUGAUGGAAUCAAUUUUGACUGGGAAUACCCUAAGGACAUCAACGACUGUACGAACUAUGGGACACUUCUGAAAAUGGUUAAUGAAGGCGUCUACCGUGAAAAUCGAAGCGCCUACAUCACGAUGGA